AUGAAUCUGUCUCAAAGUUACUAUCGUCAAAGCUUGGGUACUGCGGGCCAUAGGGUUCCCUCGUCAUAUAGCUAUAUGCCACAGUAUACUCCUAAUUCUUAUUAUCAGCAUGGACCUUCGGUGUCCAUGUAUUCGGGUGUUCAGUUACCUCAAAUGCCACAGGUUCCUUAUGCUCCUCACUCACAACCUAAAACAAUGUCAAGGCCCAAUCAAUGUCAGGCUCAAGUUGGGGGUAUCAAUCCAAUAUCUGACUAUGACUUGAAUAACAUGUCAACUUUUCUAAGUUGGUGCAGUUUCGGUAUGUUGAAGCAAAAUAGAAACCCUUCCAAGGAGUUUGAAAACUUGGUUUUAUCGGUAUUAUAUGCGACUAGGUUACCUAAAUCGACCAUUGUUAUUGCCUUGGAAUACAUGAAUCAAAGGUUUUCAAACAAAAACUUCAAUUUUUUGUCAGAGUCGGAUAUCUUUUUAAAACUUACUAUCGCCUUGAUUUUAGGGAAUAAAUUCAAUGACGAUAAUACCUUUACUAACAAAUCGUGGAGUGGGGCUACAGGUUUGUCGUGCACUUUAUUAAAUACAGAAGAAAUGGAAUGGUUGAAAGACAUCAAGUGGCAGCUAAAUGUAGUUAAUUUUGAAGAGAAUAUAAAAACAUUAGAAGAAUGUUGGAAAACGUGGCUUAAGAAGUACAGCCACAGGAUAGUGCCUUUGACUCCAAACCUGCAACUCAGUGAUCCUUUCAACUACCCAUAUUCAAGCAUCCCCUCUUCCCCAUCCUAUGUCGAGCAUAGAUCAUCACCAUUAUCAUCAUCCCCCGUCAAAUACUCACGAGACACGAUAUGGUCUCAGAAUCAUUCUAAUCACAACGACUUUUGGACAUAUACGCCAAACUAUCAAUAUGUUCCUAAUCAAGGCAUUUUUGCUUCUGAUCCUGCCGUUCAAUAUAUUGGUUCUGCCAAUAACUUUGUUGGAUACACUAAUCCGUAUUAUGGUUUUAAUAUGGCUUCCUGUUGA